AUGUCUGAUACACAUAAUAAUUCUAAUACUGAACAAGAUGAACUAGAACUUAGUAUUGGCUCGCUAUUAAAUCAUUUAGUUAACCAAGUUGUGUUGAUGCGUAAACAACGUCUUGCCAAGUUAAACAAAAAACGUGUACGUCGAUAUCGAAAACGAAAAAGAGAAGCAAAUCAAUCGGAAUAUAUGCGUAGAAUACGAGAACAAAGACGAAAAAACCGACAAGCACAUCAAUUAAAGAAAACCUAA